AUGUUAAGCUCACUACUCAACUUCACUGUCCUGGCACUAACCGGGACCCUGAUGUAUCGAUGGUCGUAUAAUGUACUAUGGUUUAAAUUGGGCCACUUGUUUGAUAACAUAUCACCGCCUUCUAAGAAGGACGAACUAUCAUUAUCUAACAGCUGGAGAUCAGAAAUAAAUGAUAACAGUACCACAUUUUUUGAAAAAUUCUACACUGAAUACUCACUUCCUUCUCAUACCAUUGUUAACUAUAUCAGAAUCUUCUUUUCCAUUGCAUUAACCUGCUAUACCAUAACUAUUGAAAUUAUUCUAUGGCAAAUUAAAUCUGCAACCGUUAAUAAAUCAGCCGAUUUUAUAACUAAUUGGAUCUGGCCUUUGAUCUCUAUUUCGCUCUCAUUGAUAUUGCUACUUUUCCAACCAUUUCUCAUUUUGCUUUCCCUCCUGAAUAAAUUCUUUAAUGAUAGAUUCAAUAUUGACCGUUUAGUGAUACCUACGAGCGCACUGAUGCUAGUAUUCAUCUCUAUUUUAAAUUUGAUUAAAUUUGGACCAUUCCAAUACACUCACAAUAUCUUAACAAGGUUGUCCAUAGCAGGAGUGACAUUAAUGGCGACAUUAUCUGGAAUUGCGACGGUAUCUACAUCCUACUAUACAUUCUUAUAUGUUUGGAACAAAUACAGAAAAAGCAAGAGAAGUAUUUCCAGGAUGCACUUAUCUGGUGAUGAUAGAAUAAACCAAAGAUUUGUCGUCUGGGCUUCCCACACUGAAAUUAAAGAAAAGUUAGAGUCAUAUUUGUACAACAUUAACCAGGACCUUAAUGCUUUAGAAAAAGUUAAGAGUGAGCCACAUAUGAAAAAUAACAUGGAGAUGGAGAGAUUGAUGGAAAGAAUUGGGUACCAUCAGCUAGAAGUUGGUAAAUUAGAAACGCUUCUGAAAAAGCCUUCCAACCUAAGGACUUUAAGAAAGGUUUUUGAUGUCGGGUUUUUAAUUUAUUGUGUAUAUAAAAUUGUUAACACUUUCACAGUUAGGAUACCGUCUAUCAUAAUUGCCUCACUGCAACCUCCAAUGGAACCUGAAUUCGACCUUUUUGAUAAGAAGAGAAUUUCUGAUCCUCUAGCUGUAACUUUAGCCAAUAUUCUGGAUUUUUUCCUAUUCCGUUUUAAUUAUCAACAUGACUUAGAUUCCCUUGUUAAACAAAUAUCACUGCUAUUAUCCACUUCACUAUUUGUAUGUUCCAUUUCCACUGUAAAUACAACAAUUUCAUAUUUAUUGGAAAUUCUGCCGAUAAGGUUUCAAGUCUUAGCAAUGUUUGCUAUGAAGAAUAACGACGAUAUAGAUAAUCUACCCACGUUUAGAAGAAAUUCAAAGAAUGCUAUGGAAAAAACACCAUCAAUAAUUAAAAAUUUAAUUGUCUCUGAACUAACAGGUAUAUAUGUAAUCGCAACUGUCUUGAUGAUAAGGUCGAAUCUACCGUUUGAAGUAUCAAAAAAGAUGAAGGAUCUUUUGGGAGAGAAAUUCACUGUCCCUAACAUAAUUAUUGAUUAUUGGUUUGAUGAAGUUUUUGCUGUUUCAUGCAUCCUCACAUCAAUAUUUAUAAUAUUUGCAGAAAGACGAUUUUCAAGUACAAAUAAAGCAAAGUAG